AAGGUCAUGCUGGCCAACAUGAACCGUCCAGCUCCAGUUGAACUGUGCCACAAGAACAUGAGAUUCCUCAUCACACACAACCCCACAGACAGCACACUCAGCUCCUUCAUAGAGGAUCUGAAGCGCUUCGGUGCCACCACAGUUGUUCGCGUCUGUGAUAUCACCUAUGACAAAACCCCGUUGGAGAAAGACGGCAUCACUGUGGUGGAUUGGCCGUUUGAUGAUGGAGCCUCGCCCUCAAGUAAGCUGGUGGAUGAUUGGUUGAGUCUGCUGAAAAAUAAGUUUCAGGAGGAGCCAGGAUGCUGCGUGGCAGUUCACUGUGUGGCUGGACUGGGGAGGGCUCCUGUGCUGGUUGCUCUGGCUCUUAUAGAGAGUGGGAUGAAGUAUGAAGAUGCUAUUCAACUCAUCAGACAGAAGCGUCGUGGAGCCAUCAACAGUAAACAGCUAACCUAUUUGGAGAAAUAUCGAUCCAAGCAGAGACUCCGCUUCAAAGACUCUCAUGCACACAAGAACAAAUGUUGCACAAUGUGA